UAUGUUGCAAUUUCAAGAGGGAUAUCUAUAUAGACUUUCCUCUGUGUACUGAACACUAGCACUGGCAGCGAAAAUACAGUUCCUGUAUUAAAAACAAUGUUGAGAAUAUUCAAUAAUUUGUCGGUAAUCGAACUGAAAAUUUCUUUUGCUCAUUGAAACACAAAGACAAUGGGAAAUUACGUGAGCAAAAUUGCAUCGAUGUCAAACAAUGCGAUGCAUUCCAUGUAUCGCGGUCGUAAAAGAAAAUGUAUCGAGGAAGAUGAUUUUGAUUCUGAAUCGGAUUACAUCGAUCGCACUCUUCAAACGCCAAAAAAAAGGAAAUUGUUGACAACAGCACAAUACAUUUAUAAAACAUUAUUCCAAGAAGAAAAAGGAAGUGACAUAACUGUACUAAUGUUGGGAAAAGCAUGGAGAUUACAUAAAGUUUAUAUCAGUCAGAGUCCAUAUUUUGCAAGUAUGUUUUCAGGAUCUUGGAGGGAAGCAAAUGAGACAGUUAUAAGUGUAGAAAUUGCUGAUCCUAACAUUACAUUAGAUUCUCUUUUGACAGUUUUUGGUUCCUUUUACCAAGAUGAAGUCAGUUUAGAACCAAAAGAUGUCAUACCAAUUUUGGCUACCUCCACUUUAUUUCAAUUGCAAGGACUAAUUGACCAGUGUACAGAUAUUAUGGUAGAGACAACAAAUAUAAAGACAGUUGUUCCUUAUUAUAAUGCUGCUGUAUCUUAUGGUGUACCAGUGGUAAAAACAGCAGCAAAACGAUGGUUAGAAGUUAAUCUUUUGGGACAUGGAUGGUUACAUCCAACUUUUUUAAAAGAAAUUACACCUGAUUUAAUGGCUGAAUUAAUUGCUAGUCCUGAUUUAAUUGCUAUGCAAACAGAAUUUUGCAUAUAUAUGAUGUUACGAGUAUGGUUAUUUGUUCAUGUACACAAUAAAGAGGAAACACUUCAAAUUGAUGAAUAUUUUAGAAAUCAUAAAUGGACAAAACCAUUUCUUACAACAGAAGAAGGCAAAGAAUUUGCAGCUCCUUUUAAAGCAUUAAGAAUGAAAUAUCUUUUGUUACAUGAUCAAGAUGUAAAAAUUUUAUAUAGUGAUAAUUUAAUACCACAUGAAUGGUUGCACAAUGCAUAUAAAGAACAAUGGUUACAUUUAUUAAGAAUAGAUGCGAAUAAAGAUCGAGGACCAAAACAGAUGAGCGAAGAAGAAUUCGCUCGUGAAUGUUUCCGUUGUGGAAGGUGCAUCGAAAAAGCUGGUGAACAUAUUUGGAGAUGGACAGCAUUUCAUUUUGGUUUAGAUUUGGUGGUGUGCUUAGAUAGUACUACUUUAAGAAUUAAAAGGAAUCACAGAUUAGAUACAGAUCACAUAAAAGCAAAUCAUAGCAAACAUAAUAUAAUUCUGAAAGUAAGUCUAAUUUCAUUAGAUGAACAACGUCAAGUAAAACAUAUUCAGAGUUCAGGUAUGCUUAGGUUAUCACUCCAUAAGAAUGAAGAAAAACAGGUAAUGUCUUUGGAUAAACAACUCACUUAUCCUUUGUAUAUAUCAGUCAACAUGCAAGUAGUUACUCCAUUUGUAUCAACAGAAGAGGAAAAAUCAGCUGAUAUAGUAAUAUUCUCGGAUACUUAGCAUAUUAAACAUUUGAACUGAAUAUAACAACAUACGCUUAUCUGAGAUAAUAAUCCGGUUGUUCCAAUUUGUAAUACUUGAAUACAACUAAGUGCUAUAAAUUUUGUUACUCUCACGUGACGUUAUAUUAUGAAGAUUCUAAUUUCUGAUUAAAACUUUUAUAAACUCAAGAGCUUCUAGUCGACUAAAUGGAAUUACGACGUUAGUAAGAAGAAUAAUAUAAUUUCUUCCGUUUGUACUUUUCAGAUAUAAUGCAGAUACUUAUUUUUUCUAACUUAAAAUCACACUUAUUACUUAUAGAAUUAUAUUAAGACUAUUUAAAAAAAAAAUGUCAAAUAUAAAAAUUUUAUUUUUUAAUAAUUGCAACUAAUUGAAUGUUAAAUUUAAAAAAAUGUAAUGUGUCAUAAAAUAUCACACAGUAUUAUCCAUUUGCUUUCACACUGCUCUUUAUGCAUUUAUAUAUUUAUAUACCAUAAUGACAUUAGUAACAGAAUAGAAUAAUUUUUUAAUUAAUAAUUUUAUACAUUCAUAAUAAAUAUUAAUAACGUAAGUGCAUAAAUGAAUUCAUAGACACGCUGAUCGAGUGCUUCUGUGUCUUCCGACCAACUAUCGAAACAUCGAGCUUCGUGCCUUAUGAAUACUGAUUAAAAGUAAAAUAACUAUGUGUAAACAAAUGUAAAUAUUGUUUUUAAAUAUUGCUAACUGGAAAAAAUUUUUAUACAGAAUUUUGAAUUAAUUUUCGAAGAAACGUUUAUUGCACGCAACAUUUUCAAUUUAAAUGAUAAAUAAUUAACGUUCCUUUAAUUGAUCUAAUCUAUAUAAAUAUUAUAUGUAUGUGUAUAUGGAUAUAUAUGUAUUUAAGCGCGCGCAUACAUGUAUAUAUACAUACAUUUAUAUAUGGUGCUAUUGUUUAAUAUGCGCGAAAAAAUUUUACUUUUUACAUAUUAUUAAAUAAGAAAGUUUACUUAGCCUAGUAUCUAAGAUUUUAUUACAUUUAACAAACAUUAUUGAUUUCAAAUUAAUUUUCCGAUAUAGAAAAAUAUGUUAUGUUUACAUAACGCUAUCAGUUAUGAUUUAUUACUUACCUUUUUAAUAAUUUAUGUGUAUGAUUCUGUUAAGUUUGUUAUGGCACUGAUAAAUUUUAAGAAUAUAUGAAUAAUUACAAUAAUUUGCGCAUAAAGACAUUGCGCUUUAAAACAUUUUUGUCUUAAUUAUGAAUGAAGAUACGAAUUUAUACGAAUACAUCAUGAAAGAAAAUAUCAUUUAUUUCUGUACAUUGAAAUCGCUAAAUAAUAAACUAAUUAAAUUGCAAGGUUUUUAAGGUUUACUUUAUAUAUGAAGUAUAGUUUUGAUUCUGUCUAUUUUUUUUUUUUUUUUUGAUUUUUUUUGAUAACCAUUCAACAGUUUAUUGGCAGAAUAUUUUCUGUACAUAGUGAUGAAUGUACAUUGCAACAAUAGAAUGUGAUAAUAAAUAUUAUAAUAAAAUCAAA